AUUAUCGUAGUUUAAUGAAUAUUCAGGUCCAAAAGGUACUAUCAACCUCAAAGAGAUCUUGUUACUGCCGUAUAUAUUUGACCAGAUUUUAUUUUGUUAAUCACAAGGUUGGAUUGUCGUGCUCCAAAGAAAUUUCUCUGGUAAUUUAAGCCGGCAGGGAAAUGGCUUCAGAUCUAAAAGUUCAUUCUUUUGAGGAUGUUGCGAAGCAUAACAAAACUAAAGAUUGCUGGCUUAUAAUCUCUGGAAAGGUUUAUGAUGUAACCCCGUUCAUGGAUGAUCAUCCAGGAGGAGAUGAGGUCUUGCUAUCAGCAACAGGAAAAGAUGCAACCAAUGAUUUUGAAGAUGUGGGUCACAGUGACUCUGCCAGAGACAUGUUGGAGAAAUACUACGUCGGAGAGAUUGACGCCACCACUGUUCCAUUGAAACGUGCAUACGUUCUACCUCAACAAACACCACACAAUCCUGAUAAAACUCCCGACUUUGUUAUAAAGAUUUUGCAGUUCUUGGUACCGCUCCUGAUCUUGGGUUUGGCCUUCAUUGUCAGACAUUACACCAAGAAAGAGUAGUAGCUGCAGUUACCUUCACCAAGCAAAUCCGUAUUCAUUCACAGCAAAGACAUGUUUACCAACUAUCUUUGUGAUUGCAUGUUCUUGGUCAAAUGACUCGAAUGGACGUCCUAAAUUUGUAGCGUGUUUCAAGAAAACCCAUUUUGUUUUUUUGGGGGGUUCCUUCAGUUGAAGAGGAAUCAACUUUUUGUACACUGAUAUAUCUUCCUGGUUUUCGUCCUUUCGUCCUUCCGGAUGUUUAUUUCUUAGUUCUAGCAUUUCCUACUGGUGUACCAUUCUGAAAAAUGAAAGCUUAUUUGGGU